AUGGUUUCAAAUGAAGCUCAUCAACAUACUGGCAUUGUUGAAUUACUUCUGUAUUUUAGCUGGAAAUGGGUUGGAUUUCUUGCUGUGGAUAAUGAAAGCGGAGAGAUAUUUCUGCAGAAACUCCAGCUUCUUUUUUCCCAAAGAGGAAACUGUUAUGCUUUCUCAGAAAGAAUCCCCAAAGCCACUUAUAUAGAGGAAUAUAUCGACAUGAUGCAAAAGUGGAUUCGCAUCCAUCAAAUUAUAAUCAAAAGCAAAGCCAAUGCUGUUGUUGUCUAUGGAGAAAUAUUCUCCAUGUUUUCUUUACAAACAUUAAUUGGAUUAGGUGAACUACAAAAUAAGACUCAUUAUUCCACGGGCAAGGUGUGGAUUAUGACUGCUCAGCUGGAUUUUGCAUCCACGUCCUAUCAUAUGAGGCAGGAUAUUCAUGCUUUCCAUGGUUCCAUAAGUUUCACAGUUCCUUCGGGUGAGGUUCAAGGGUUCAAAUCCUUUCUCCAACAAAGAGAUAUUUUUCAAACCAAUGAAGACAGUUUUCUGGAGCACUUCUGGACACAAACAUUUAGAUGUUUAUUUCCAGAUUCCAAGAUGGCGAAACAUAACAGCGAAGCCUGCAGCGGACAAGAGAAACUGGAGAACCUUCCUUCCUUGGCCUUUGAAAUGAGCAUGACUGGCCACAGCUACAGUGUCUACAAUGCUGUCUAUGUUGUGGCACAUGCUUUACAUGCCUUGUACCAGUCCAAGUCCAAACACAGAGCAGUAAUGGAAAGGGAGAAACUGAAGUUUCAGGAUCUGCAUGCUUGGCAGCUGCAUCCCUUUCUUCAGUGGGUGACAUUUAACAACAGUGCCAGAGAAACAGUGUUUUUGGGGAAGCACAAAGAGUUAAAUACUGGAUUUGAUAUCACCAACUUAGUCAUUUUUCCAAAUAAUUCCUUUAUGAGAGUCAAGAUUGGAAGAGUUGAUGUGAUGGCUUCCCCAGGCAAGAGAGUGACGAUUGAUGAGAAGAAAGUGGUGUGGCACCAUAGCUUUCACCAGGUACCACCUGUUUCUGUAUGUAACCCAAACUGCCUUCCUGGUUCCAGCAAAAAGAAGAAGGAAGGGGCAAAAUUUUGCUGCUAUGAUUGUUCUCCAUGUCCUCUAGGCAAGGUUUCACCUGAGAAGGACAUGGAUGUAUGUACCAUGUGUCCAGAAGAUCACUAUCCAAACAAGAAUAAAUCUCAUUGUAUUCCGAAGACAAUCAACUACCUCUCAUUGAAAGAACCUCUGGGGAUAAGCUUAUCUUUUUUUGCUGUUUUAUUUUCUCUGCUCACAGUCCAGGUCCUGGUCAUCUUCAUUAAGCAUCAGGACACACCAAUUGUCCGGGCCAACAACCGGGAUCUGACCUAUGCUCUCCUCUUCUCCCUCCUGCUCUGCUUUCUCUGCUCCUUCCUUUUCCUCAGCCCACCCAGAAAAGUGACCUGUCUCCUCCGGCAAGUGGCUUUUGGAUCCAUUUUCACCCUAACUGUUUCCUGCAUCUUGGCCAAAACCAUCACUGUGGUUCUUGCCUUCAUGGCCACCAAACCAGGAUCCAGAAUGAGGAAAUGGAUGGGCAAGAGACUGGCCAUUUCCAUUGUGUUUUAUUGUUCUCUUUUCCAAAUAGGCCUUUGUAUUUUAUGGUUGGGAAUCUCCCCACCAUUCUUGAAUCAAGACACGCAGUCCAUUUUUGGAGAAAUAAUACUUGAAUGCAAUGAAGGAUCAGCCAUCAUGUUUUACUGUAUGUUAGGUUACAUGGGCUUUCUAGCUACAAUCAGCUUUGUUGUAGCCUUUUUAGCUAGGAAAUUGCCUGACAGUUUUAAUGAGGCCAAAUUCAUCACCUUCAGCAU